UCAGUGUCCGAUGAUGAAUUUCCCCACGAAUCAUUAUCACUCAAUUCUGCAAGUAGUUCUAAUUUACUAUCGCUGUUCUCUAGCUGGUCUAAAGCCGAUUUUGACCUAAAGGGAUGCUUUCUGGACGCUAUGGACGUUUCUCAGUUUCCAGGCAGAAAGAACAGUAAAAAUGUAGGCAGGGCACAGGACAAAGCACUAGGGACAAUAUGUGAAAUGCUUUCAUACAGUAAUGUUUUACUAUGUGAUUUUAGUGUAUUUAGUGAAUGUCACUUUUUGUCAUUUUCAAAUUUGCCGCCAGUUUCGUCCCCCAUACGUCCCGAUGCUCACAGGGAACGGAACCCAGAUGACAGAUGCCGGCAUCCGCCAGAGGACAUUACAGGGGACACUGCAGGAGAGACAUCGCGGGAGCGCAGGACAAGGUUAGAGAAGAACAGAUCCCGAAGCAGCGCCGCAUGGUAAGCCCAAGUGUAGCUCAAGGUUACCGCUUGUGCUACACUCGGGAAUACCACCAGGGAGGCUAC